UUCCACGCAUGCGCGUCAGUGGUGGCGCUUUCAAAUAGUUUGAAUCGCAUCGUUAGCUAGCCUGAAUUCUUCGUUUGAUUUGUCGUUAGAAAUCUCAAAUAUUUGGCUUUUUAUUUGCCUUAAAUUUUCCAUAUGCUUGCAUUAACGCUGUAAUAAAUGGAACAGACGGCUUUGAGAGAGGAUGCACCAAUCAGCUUUAAAGCACUGAGGGCUAAAUUUCAGGAAGAGGCCCUCCUGGCCCAAUCUAAAUCCACCCGCCCAGCUGUUGCUGACAAACCCAAACACCUCCCUCCUCCUGGAGGCCAUUGCAGCCCAUUGGUGAGUGCUGCCGGCGUGGACAGCAAAACUCUGGUGGUUCCCCGUGCCAUUUUCAGAGAUGGGCUUUGGGGAUCUGGAGGCAAACGACCAAUCUCUUUCCCCCCGCAGCCCCACCAGGCAUGUACUCCGCCUCAAGACGAGGGCACGACAACAAGGCAGACUCUGAAAGAGCGCCACAUGCCUUUGGUGCUCCCUGUUCUGCCUGUGAAAAAUCAAAAACUAGAAUCUCCAACUGAAAAGGAGGGCAAACCCGAAACAGACUUGGGAAAGGAAGUCUUGCCACACACUAGGGUUAAAAAGAAAGGUUUGCUACUUCCCUUUAAAUCAGCAAGAACGUCAAAGUUCCAUGCAGAGGAUGGCGAGGAGAUGACCUAUUCGGAUUUGACUAACAGGCCUGCGAGUGCGCCUGGUGAGCUCCCAUCAAUAGAGAAGCAAAGUGUAGAAGAUGGGGUUUCCCUGCAAAGUGAUCAGUCAACCACUGAGUACCCUCCUUCUAGUCCAGAUAUCCCACGAACACCCCCUCCUACAGAGGUCCGUUCCAACUCCGAUAGCAGAAUUUUUAGCACUUUAGAGAAGGCUAAGAGGAAGUUCACACCGCGGCAGAUUUUGAACUCCACCAAACCCAAGCGUCUGAACUCCCCCGAGUACGCAUCAAGAGAAAAGGCUUUCCCUUCAUCGCCAAAAAUCUCGGACACUUUUUGCUCUCCUGCUCCCAUCGCAGCUCCGGCAUGCCUUCCACACCUUGCAUGUAUUUCUGCUCGACCUUUUUUCAAAAAUUCUUCUCACAAGUUUGUGUUUGAAAGGCAGCAUUCGAGGGAAAAUGGUGAGGGGUCAUCAGUGAAAUCUGCUGAGCCUCUUUCACCGCUGGGGAAGCAACUGCCUGAACUGAGGACUCUGGGGCCGCCGCCAGCAAAGCCCGCCAGGCCACCUUUGGUAGAUCUCAGUCGCUACCAGACACCAAUUGUAAAAGAGGAAUCAGUAUCAGAUCUCAGUAAAGAGCAGCCACUUGUGCCUCCAUCUACCUCCAAUCCAAUCCUGGACCCCCCUGAGAUUCCAGACUUUGAUAACUCUGAAAUAGAAACAGACGGAGAAGCUGUCGAUAUUGCUGCUAUAGAGCUGGAGGCUUUGGGCAUACUCUGUUCUGAAAUUGGCAUGCCCGCACCGUGUGGGGUUCCGGGUUGUGAGGCUCCGCAGCCCGACCUGUCAGCUGCCGAUCCCGCGGAGACGAUCGAGAGCUCCAUCGUCCGGGAUCUGAACCUCGGCAGUCAAAACAUAAUCCCCCUUGAUCCAGCCAGCACCCCUGAACCAAUAAACCUGCCGGAGUUUCUGGAGCCCUCUGCUCCGGAGCAGCAGUCCCAAAGCAAGGAGCCAGCUGCAGAGUCUUUCAGCAGCUCUCGUUCUGACGAAACUCUUUCGACGGUUGCUAAGAGGCAGUCCGUCCCAGAGGAUUUGGAGCUCAGCAGCCGUACAGCCAGGAGUGAUGAGAGGCAGACACAAUCGAGUGCACACCAACAGGACGGCUGCCAUGAAGCGUACGACAAUCUGUAUGAAGACGUGGAGACCGUGAACAAAAUGAUGUCUGGUCAGGUUUCAGUUAAACAAAGAGCCACAGUGAAGAAUCCAUAUGCUGAGAAUCGUCCUCUGCGGGAGGAGCCUUGUUACAACAAACGCCUGCGGCAUCCAUGGAGCUCUGCACAUGGAGAACAUGCUCCAGUCCAUCAUCAUGUCCACAGUAAGGAACAUCUAAGCCCCAACUCUGCGGACUAUAAAGAACAGCGGAAGAGGGAGAAACAGCGUCUGGAGAGGGAAAGAAAGGAGCAAAAAGAGCGAGAAAAGAAGGAAAAUGAGAUGAAGAAAAAAUUCAAAGUGACUGGAGAUGAAGAGCCCAUGUACCACGCCAAAGUAACGGUUGCCAGUAAAGUGCGUAAGCAUGACCUGCCCGUCAAGAGCGGCGACACGGUCAGCAUCAUUCGAACCACCAACUGCCCUAAAGGGAAAUGGCUCGCCAGGGAUUCCAACAAUAAGUAUGGCUACAUUUCCGUGAUGAAUGUGGAGCUAGACAUCAAGGAGAUGCUGGAACUUGGGAAGAAAGCUCAAGCAGCCGGACGAGGAGCCAAUCAGGAGGGAGACACCAUCAGCAUUGGGAGCCGAUCUUCGAGUCACCCUGUCAUGACGAGCAGUUUCACAGACGACAGUGAGGAGUGGGCCUGUGAGGAUGAGACGCUCUCACCUUCCAAUGAAAGCCACAGCUUCCCUCAGCAGAAUUCCUCGCUGCCCGAGACGUCUUGUCUUCAAGCCGGUGACGCCAGCCUGGAAGACCUGCACCCACAGAACCGGCAUGAAGCCCUGCAGAAGUUGGCCUUCUUCUUUCAGCACAACAAAGAUGAACUGGGUGACUUUGCUGAUGGCGAAGGAGCAACACCCACAAAUGCAGAGGCAUCAAACUACUUAUGUGCUGUGGAAGAGCCUCCAUAUCCCGAACAAGAGGUAGACUUCACAGAACUGGGGCUCCUUCCUCCCCCACCGUUGUACGCUGAUAGCUUCUGAUCUGAACACCAGUGGAAGAAGGAAACGUCCCUGCGAAAACACCAGAGGGAGACGUCCUCGGAGAGUAAUGACAUUUAUUUAAAGAUAUUUUUGAUAUGCUGCUGUGGAGACGGGAUGCAGUUUUGAAUGUUUAUGCAACCACUGUUACUUCACUCUGUUGUAAAGAAUAUAGAACCCUUUUCUUACUUUACCCCCAUUUCUUUCCUUUCAAUUUCACUGAAAAUAAUGCACAGUUUCAAUUCUGCACAUUGCACUUUUUCUUUUGUUUGUUUUCAUGUUGGACCAAAUAAAUAUGACAGUGAUUUACACUAAA